CUCGUCGCGCCGACCAGUGGCGGCGCCGAGGAAACCCUAGCGCCCCGACCCCGAAACCCUCUCUCUCUCUCCUCUCCUAUUAUAUUGGACCUGCACCUCCCCCCGCGGCGCCGCGCCGCGCCGGAGGCGGAGACCACCACUCUUCUCCGGACACAUCUCGCCGCCGCGUCUCUCUCUCUCUCUCUCUGACAAGCCCGCCAGGGGAGCAACAGCGCCAUGCCGCGUCCCGCCUCCGCCGCCGGACAACUGAUCUCGCUCGGCCGUCGGGGCUACGCGGCGGAGGUGCAGCGGCGCGGUUCGUCGAUGGCGGCGAGGAUCUCGGCGGUGGAGGGUGGUGGCGCCGCCGGUGCGGCGGCGGCGGCGGCGGCGGCCAAGGAGAUCUUCUGGAUGAGGGACCCCAAGACCGGCUGCUGGGUCCCCGAGAACCGCUUCGGCGACGUCGACGCCGCCGAGCUCCGGGCGCGUCUCCUGUCCAGGAAGGGCUAGGAAAUCAAACGCAAUUCAAGAAAUCAUUUUUCGUUCCAUGAAGAAACUGAUCCCAUCAAAUCCAAGCGAGCUGAACCUCGUUUGAAGUGGAUCACUGCUAGUGCUCUCCUCUUUGAUACGAUUAUUCCCUGUGUCCUGUAAUUGAGUCAAAACUGCACUGAAAUUUUGAAAUGAAACAUUGAACAUUGAGAAUGAAAACAGUGUCCUUUACAACACUCUUACGAGUUAUGACGACAAAC